UCUACUUCAACCGCAAGAUGGCACUGUGGAUUUUCCCACCAGCUCAGUUCUGACACAUUUCCAUGCUUGUUAAACUUCAGCAGGAAGUUAUCGUAAACAAUGGCGGACUGUGGAGAAGCAGAUGGACCUGUGAAGAAAGAUGACAUCGUACGCGCUAAAAAUGAAGGGAAGGAGUUGACCAAAGAGGAGAAGCAACGGCUGAGGAAAGAGAAGAAACACCAGAAGAAACAGAAGGAGGAGAAGCGCCUGUCAGAAGGAGCGAAUGAAAAGAAGCCUGUCGCUACAUCGCAACCUGUGGCGACACAGAAAGCUCCCACAGUGUUACCUGCCUCUGCACCAAUACCUGUGCCUGUCUCAGGAGCUCCCUCCCACUCCUCUCCUGCCCCCUCGCCAGCAGACAAGCCAGCCAAAAGCAGAGCUGAGCAGAAGGCAGAGAGGAGAGCAAGGCAGGAAGCUGAUAGAGCCUCUAAACAACAGAGUUGCUCCUCCAGCAGCAAGACCAAGGCUCCUCCAAGUGAACUAAACCCAGUGGUGAAGAGACUUCCGGAACAUGUCCAAGUGGACGACCCUGCAGUGGUGAAGAGACUGGCCAAGAAGUUGGAAAGACAACAGAUCCCUCUACGAUCCGAGUAUGGCUACAAAGUUAGCCUGUUCUCUCACCUGCCCCAGUACAGCCGCAAAGCCCCCCUCACCCAGCAACUCAGCAUUCCCUCUACUGUGAUCCACCCCUCCAUCGUGCGUUUGGGUCUGCAGUAUUCCCAGGGCAUCGUGGUGGGAUCCAACGCUCGCUCUGUAGCCCUGCUCCACGCCUUCAAACAGGUGAUCAGGGACUAUACUACUCCUCCUAAUGAGGAGCUGGCCAGAGACCUGGUCAACAAGCUCAAGCCCUAUAUCAGUUUUCUCAAUCAGUGUCGCCCCCUGUCGGCGAGCAUGGGCAACGCAAUCAAGUACAUCAAGAAAGAAAUCUCCAAUAUUCCUAGUCAGUUCAAAGAAGAGGAAGCGAAGACCAAACUGCAGACGUGUAUAGACCGUUACAUAAACGAAAACGUAGUUCUGGCUGCCAAGGCGAUCUCUAAAUACGCCAUAGAGAAGAUCAGUGACGGAGAUGUUAUUCUAGUUUAUGGAUGCUCGUCCCUGGUGAACCACAUCCUUUGCGAGGCAUAUGAUAAGAGCAGGAAGUUCCGUGUGAUCGUUGUGGACAGCCGGCCUCGUCUGGAGGGAAGGGAGGCUCUGAGACGUCUCGUACAGCGAGGCAUCAGCUGCACCUACGUCCUCAUCUCUGCCCUCUCGUACAUACUACCUGAGGUAUCUAAGGUGUUCCUGGGUGCCCAUGCUCUUCUGGCUAAUGGCUACGUGAUGUCUCGUGUGGGCACAUCUCAGAUAGCCCUGGUGGCUAGGACCUUCAACGUGCCGGUUCUGGUCUGCUGUGAGACAUACAAGUUCUGCGAGAGGGUGCAGACUGACUCCUUCGUCUCAAACGAGCUUGAUGACCCCGAUGACCUGAUGGUGACCCGGAAGGGGAAGACCCAGCUGGAGAACUGGCGUGAUGUCAUCUCCCUGAGGCUGUUGAAUCUGGUCUAUGACGUAACGCCGCCAGAUUUUGUUGACCUGGUCAUCACAGACCUGGGCAUGAUCCCCUGCACCUCCGUUCCUGUUGUACUCCGGGUCAAAAACUUGGAACAGUAGAGGGGGAGG